AACUCCUUUAAAACAGAGUGAAAAGAAACCACCCAUCACACACCCCAGCACACCAGCGCUGGAAACUUAUAACCUCGGGAGGCACGUCCCUCCCCUCACUGCGGUCACAUACCUCCAGAGGAGCGGACCAGGCAGCCACCAGCUCCGGCCACUCAGGGCACAUCAGUCCCUUGGAUCCUCAGAACUCUCAUUGCUCUUUGAGGCAUCAAAAAGCCAAGAUGUUGGUACUACUGGCUGGUAUCUUUGUGGUCCACAUCGCCACUGUCAUCAUGUUAUUUGUCUCCACCAUUGCCAAUGUCUGGGUGGUUUCAGAUUUUACAAAAGCAUCAGUAGGUCUUUGGAAAAACUGCACCAGUGAUGGCUGUGAUGAUGUCCUGUCCUAUGCCAGUGAAGACGCCCUCAAGGCAGUGCAGGCCUUCAUGAUCCUCUCCAUCAUCUUCUCCCUCAUCUCCCUCGUGGUCUUUGUGUUCCAGCUCUUCACCAUGGAGAAAGGAAACCGCUUCUUCCUAUCCGGGGCCACCAUGCUGGUGUGCUGGCUGUGCAUUAUGGUCGGAGUAUCCAUCUAUACUCAUCAUUAUGCCAAUGGUCAGGGAACUCAGUACCAGAGCAGUCACCACGGCUACUCCUUCAUCCUGACCUGGAUCUGCUUCUGCUUUAGCUUCAUCAUUGGCGUUCUCUAUCUAGUCCUGAGAAAGAAAUAAGGCUGAACAAAUUCACAGGGAUCUGGGGGGUGGGGAGAAAGAAGCCAUUGGAUCUGGGCGGGAAGUGGAAGAUACUAUGCAGGAAAAUCCAAGAGUGGGGAGGGGGGGCGGGGAGGGGAAGUAGGGUGGGAGAGGCUGAAAUUCAAACCAUUCUUGAGGAGGUUCUCUACUGUCGAGCCCCUGCCCUUGGGAGAAAGUAGUUGGCUAGUACUCUGCUGUUCCCUUGAUGCAGCAGGAGAGCCUCUCUCCAGCCACCAGACUUGGCCUCCAGCUGUUCUCAGUUACACACACUGCCUGGGGCCCCAUCGGCUGCCACACCACUGACUCCACUCCUAAGGCUGAUUUCUGGGUCUUGCAUUGAGGUUCUCAGACCCAUUGCAUCAAGUUAAAAUAGCGGUACAAGUUCCAGCAAGAGCAGAUAUUGUUUUUGUGUUGAAUAUGCUAAGCCUGCCUGGAAGCCAUCCCGCCUUUCUGACCCAAAGCAAAACAUGACAUUCCAGUCUGAAGGACCUAUACAAGGGCUUUGACUAGUGAGCCAUUAUCCCUCUUUAGAACAGAUACUUAACUCUGUGGAACUCAGUGGUAUUUGUGACGAAAUGGGAGAAAGAGAUAUAGUCCUAAAGCCAAAUUAGUGGGUUAGUGAAGCCAAGAAAGAACUUUUCACAGUGGAGGGCCUGGGGGAUGGUCAGAACCCAGACCAGACCUCACACAGCUGUCCCUCAUGGAGACCUCUUGCUAUGGACUUUGCUAGGCCUCUUGCUUAAAACUAAAGCAACUCUUCUGGCAUUUUGGUAAAGCCACUAGUGACCAAUUCAUUGGUGAAAGCACCACACAAAUUACAGGACCAAGGGUCAAUCUUGUGACAGUGCUACGGUAGGGUUACGUUUUUAGGACUCCCUGUCCAUGUAGUCAGUGUUUCUUUUAAGAACAUAUUGGGAGAGAGAAUGGACAUGGUUCCUUGUAAGAUGAUUUAUUACUCUCCCUCUAAUGAUAACUCUUGAGUACAUUUUUGUUAAUUAUCCACAUUGGGGAUUAGGACUCUUAGGCUCAGUGGCAGUUCUCACUUUGACAUGGGCUAGAGCCGUUGCCUUUCAGGGGCCCUGCCUAUCCCCUUUCACAGGUGAGGCAGGGUAAUUUUGGAAGCAUAAGAAAACACACACAAACCAAAACCAAAUUGAUCCUUUGGUGAAAGGUGCUAUAUAAUUGUCAAGUAUUAAGUGUACUAGAUUCCUGUCAUGAUUAGAACAGAGUGCCUGCAUUCCCAGGAGAAUCAGAAAUUUCCCACAAGAUAAAUAAAGAUAUAGGUGACGGGCAGAUAUCUUCUUUAAGAGAAAAAGUAAAAAGCAAAAACUCUUAUGGUGUCCAGUCAGUUGGUAAUUGGGCUGUCUGUUUCCAUAGGAGCAUUUCUAUAUAGGAUUUAGUAGCAGUAUGCUAUUCCUGGUUAAGCAGGCAUUGCUCUGGCCUGGAGCAGCUAUUUCAAGCCAUCUCAGAUUCUGUCUAAAGGGGUUGGUUUGGGAAGACAUUUCCUUUAUUACCUGAGAAGAUCUACCCCAGGGAGAAUCCGAGACAUCUUGCCUACUUUCCUCCUAGCUCUCCUUAUCCCAUUUCUUGCAUACCUUUCCUUUUUGGGGAGUUGUUAUGCCAUGAUUUCUGGUAUUUAUGUAACAGGACUAUGACUAAGUAUAUUGCUCUAUGUUCAUUCUGGUUAAGGGAAUAUUGAGGGUAGGCCACCAGAUUACCUGGGCUGGGGGUAGAGAGAUGGCAACAAAAACUGUAGGAUGAUGAACUUUUUAAUUAUGAUUUAAUUAUCACAUGAUUAUAGAUGGCUGUUUUAUGUUCAGAGGUAUACUUACAUAUCAGAUAUACCCCAAAGAGAUACUCACAUUGUGUUGAAAAGUCAAGCUAUGACUGGAAUGAACCAUGUAUUCCCUUGUCUUUUACUUUAUUUCUGUGACAUUUAUGUCUCAUGUAAUUUGCAUUACAUUGGUGGGUUGUUCUAGUACUGUAUUUGGCUUUUUCUUUAAUAGAUUGAUAUUUCAUAUACUAUAAUUGUAAAUAUUUUGAUACAAAUGUUUAUAACUCUAGGGAUAUAAAAAUAGAUUCUGAUUCCCUUC